AUGUUCCGAAGCGCAGUUACAGGACGUCUGUUGGCGGCCACGCCCUCAAUUGGCGGGGUUCGCGCGUUUAGUUCAACCCCGGCGGCACAAGUGGCCGCUGAAGUCAAGAGCCUCGGAGUGAUUGGCGCCGGACAGAUGGGACUGGGAAUUGCGUUGGUUGCGGCGCAAAAGGCAAACAUCCCCGUAACCUUGGUCGACAACUCUCAAGCAUCUCUAGACAAGGGACUUAAAUUCGCCGAGAAACUCCUUGCCAAGGAUGUCGCAAAAGAGCGCAUUACACAGGAGACUGCCGAUAAGGUCCGCUCGAUGCUAACUCCAACCACAAAACUCGAGGACCUCUCAAGCACCGAUUUCAUUAUCGAGGCUGUCCCAGAGAUCCCAGACCUCAAGACCUCGAUCUUCUCCAAGCUAGCCCAGAUUGCCCCCGCUCACGCCAUUCUCGCCACAAACACCUCCUCUAUCUCAAUUACUCGCAUUGCUGCAGCAACUACCAACGAUCCUAAAGACCUUUCUGGUCCAUCCCGUGUUAUUUCUACUCAUUUCAUGAACCCUGUCCCCGUCCAGAAGGGUGUAGAAAUUAUCACUGGCCUUCAAACGUCUCAAGAUACCAUCGACACUUCGCUCGAAUUGAUGAAGAGGAUGGGUAAGAUCGCUGCUCGAUCUACAGAUUCGCCUGGUUUCUUGGCAAACAGGAUCCUUAUGCCAUAUAUCAACGAGGCAAUCUCUUGUCUGGAGAAUGGGAUUGGCACCAAGGAGGAUAUCGACAGUAUCAUGAAGUAUGGAACUAACGUUCCCAUGGGCCCCUUGACGCUAGCUGAUUUCAUUGGUAUCGAUACCUGCUUGGCGAUUAUGAAUGUCUUGCACCAGGAGACUGGAGACAGCAAGUAUCGACCUGCUGGCUUGUUGAAGCGAAUGGUUGAUGCCGGCUGGGUGGGUAAGAAAGCCGGAAAAGGCUUUUAUGACUACUGA